UUGUACUUGAGUAAAAUUUAGCAAGGGGUAUCUGUACUUUUACUCAAGUAAGGAAGCUGUGUACUCAGUCCGCCUCUGGUUAUAGACCCGUUGCUAAACCACUGUGUAACUUCAUUUGCAUGCGAUGCUAUGUUCUUCCUGCUGCUACGUAAUCAUAGCCUGGUUCAAACUUGUUUUGACAGUUGGUAAAGCCCCAAAACAUUUCCUCAUGCCUGGCAUCUUCAAUAAGGGAGUAAACGUUCAUCUGUGUGGGAGCAUUUGAAAAUGCCUUUGUUUUUUGACGGGUUAAGAGUUUCAAACCACCUUUGGCGCCUUUGGUCUGGUCAAAAUUCUGCCUAGCUUUACUGAAGGUUCAUUUAAUUUAAGGGAUCUAAUACAAUUUAAAAAUUGAGCCGAUAGACUUUAAGUUAAAGGUCUGUUGUAUUUUUGUUCAUAUGGUUUUGGGGCAGUCGCAUACUUUUUUUUUUGGACUCUAGAUCUGCGAAACUUUCCCGCCCAGAAUCCAAGUGCACGCCGUGAACACGUGAAGGUGCUUAAAAAAAUGCAAACUGGAUUUACUCUUUUUGAACGCUGUUUCCUCCUUCCUCAUAUUGCAGAUAUCUUGUGCGGUCACGUUUGGAAUGAAGAAAUAGUUCUAAUGAAUCUCGGGUGUGUCAACUCGACGUCUUAAAGCCUCGUCUGGUUCAUUCCUUUAAACAGUCAUCCAGGAACACAGACAGGACCUAAGAAGAGCAGCUCGUAUCAGUCAUGUAAAAUAUUACAUUAGGCCUAUACAUACAUCAUUCUUAUUUUAUUUUUAAGUUAUUAUUUAAUAUUAGAAUUUAUUUUAAUUUUUAAUUUUUUUAAAUUAUUAUUUUACCCUCCCAAAGCAGUUGGUCGAUCGUAUAGUUGCAGGGCACCGCGCAUUAUUGAUUAUUCUACCGCGCGACGCACGGGUGAGCCAGGCCAGCGCGAGGGGGACGCACGGCCGGGCCAUGAGCCAGGCCUUGAGCGCGAGGCGGACCCACGGGGGGGUCAUGAGCCAGGCGGUCAGCGCAAGGGGUACGCACGGGGGGGCCAUGAGCCAGACGGUGAGCGCGAGGGGCCACACCCACACCGGGAGCAGGCUGACUGUCCGAGAGCUCAUCGAGCUGCACCGGAGAACCACCGGGGCGCAACCGGCGAAGCGACAGAGAUGCCACCGGGACGCCCUCACUCAUCCCUACAUGUGGGGAGGUAACCGUCCACCUCCUGCGAACCCUGCUCUUAAAUCCGGCGCCGAUCCGCUGUCAACCGCCGAGGCAGCACCCUGCAAAGUCUCCCGCUGCGACCUUUUCGACGACGGUGUUUCCACGAUCUGCCAGCCGUACGUCGAGCGCUCUCCGCCGCGGGGCCUGGACCUACCCGCCGCGGAGCCGGAGAGUGUCGGUCGAGCCGUGAGCCUGUUUCAGUGGCAGGUGAUGCGCGAGAUCGGGAGGCUGGGGGCCGUGACGGAGUCACUUUUGAGGAUUCAGGACGAAGACGGAGACACAUGUCUUCACAUCGCCGUGGCGCAGGGAAAGAGAGCUCUUGCCUACGCUCUAGCUAAGAAGAGCGUUGGAUCCAUCGACACCAACGAGAACAACGGUCAGAGUGCCUUGCACAUUGCGGUGAUCACCAACCAGCCUUUGAUCGUGCAGGACCUGCUCCUUCUGGGGGCAAAGGUCAACAUUAGGGACCGCUGGGGUCGCUCUCCUCUCCACGUGUGCGCUGAGAACGGCCACGCCCUGACCCUCGAGAUCAUCCAAACGACCCUCUGCCUCGGAAACUGCCAACCAAUAAACGUGGAGCUGUUGAAUUACGAAGGCCUGUCCCCUCUCCAUGUGGCGGUGACUUCCUACAACACCCUGGUCCGGGAGCUACGGCGGCUAGGGGAGGGGUGCCCGCUGGUCGCCAUGGAGAUCGCCCGUCGUCAAGGGCAGCUGGCCGCCUGCGUCAGGACGCUGCUGCUCAUGGGCGCUCAGUGCGGCACCCAGGACCGCAAGAACGGGAAGACGGUUCUCCACCUGGCGUCGGAGGAGGCGCAGGGAGAGCUGUUCCUCCUCCUCCUCCACCACCCCUCCUCCUCCUCCAUCAUCAACCACAAGACGUACAGCGGUAACACGGCGCUGCACAUCGUCAGCUCUCUGGCGCGUGACGCCGGCGCCCUGACGCCGUUGGACACACUCCUGAGGGCCGGGGCCGACCCGGGGGCCCGCAACCUGGAGAACGAACAGCCCGCCCACCUGGUUCCCCACAGCCCCGUCCGGGACAAGGUACGGAAGUUGAUCAAGGGCCACAACUACUACGCGCUUUUCCUAACCGCUCCGAAAAUGCAUAAACGCUGUCAGUUAGACAGUCCAACGUUCUAUUAAGAGAUCUUCCCUCGUGGGGAAGAUACCGGUCGUUUCAAUGAAACAUUAUCACCUGUACACUACUAUGUAGUGCCUAUGGGGGGGGGGGGUUUGUAUCGAAGGAAUGUAUGUUUGUGGAGGCAUAUGUGUUUGUGUUCUCGGACAGCGUGUGUCCUUAUUUUGUAUCCAAGGCAUGUUUGUGUUUGAGUGCGAUGUGUGUAUGCGUAUGUGUGUGCGUGUGUUUGUGUGUAUGGCCUGUUUUUGGUAAUUACGGUGUGUGUGUUUGUAUAUGUGCUAUGUGUGUUAGUCUGCAUCUGUCUCUUUCUAUCUCAAGUGUGUGUGUGUGUGUGUGUGUGUGUGUGUGU